UGUUCACAACUCAGAAGGGCAAGGACUCUUACGAAAACACGGUGAAGAUCCAUAUAAAAACUUGCACAGCUUCGGUAUCAUCAUUCUAUCAUCACAUUUCUAACAGAUAUCACUUUCUGAGAUUUAUUAGGAAACUAUUUAAUAAUCUGCAAAAAUGUGCUCUCUGAAGAUAGUAGUAUCUCUCGCUGUCCUAGCGGUGGCUUCGGCCGAGCACUUCCGGUCCCAGCAGUUCGGAGGCUCUAACGGUGGCUACAACGGUGGCUACAGCGGGGGCUUCGGCGGCGGCGCGCACAUACCUAUCCUGAGUUACGAGAACGUGAACAAUGGAGACGGAAACUACAGAUACAGCUAUGAGACCGGCAACGGCAUCAGGGCCCAUGAGAACGGAUCCCCCCGCGCCCAGGGGCCCGAGGGCCCCGCGGUGACGGCGGACGGCGCCUUCUCCUACACCGCCCCCGACGGCCAGCAGGUGUCGCUGACCUACACGGCCGACGAGAACGGCUUCCAUCCCGUAGGCUCCCACAUCCCCACCCCACCCCCCAUCCCGGAGGCCAUCCUGAAGUCCCUGCAGUUCAACAGGCAGAAUCCUUCAUCGUAAGUA